AUGAAGCGGACCGGCUGCUGGCUCCUCACGGUGAUCUGUUCUGUUCUCGGUGGCGUGGCGGCGACAGACGUCCGCUCUUCAGGUCCCGAGUGCUUACUACAACCCUGGCACACGUGCGUGCGAGACGACAUCAAGGUUCGUGAUAAUUUCUACCACAACAUGACUUGCAUCUGCACGAAUUGCCACCCGGAAAUCUACAGAGCCGGUACCUGCGCUACACUUGCCCAGCACGGAGCCUUCCCGCCUGCCCAGUGGGUCGCCCUGCGAAGUUUCCCCGUCGGAAACCUGUCCUCGCAAACCCUGCAGAACAUCCACCCGUCUUCACUGACGGUCCUCGUCCUUAUAAAUGCAGGUAUAGGCGCGAUCGAGAACAAAACGUUCGCCAUAUUUCCACACUUGCGGUCAGUGUAUUUAGAUUUCAACACUUUGUCGCAGCUGAAACGAGCUUCGUUCUCAGGUCUGAACACUUCGCACCCAUCUCUCGCCCACUUGUCGUUCCCUCACAACCGAAUUGCUAAGCUAGAACCUGGGUGUUUCGAAGAAGCCCCAUAUUUAACAAUGUUAGAUUUGUCCCACAAUUUGCUUUCGGAAGUAGCGAGUGAGUGGUUCCGUGGAGUUGCCUUCCUACACACACUGAUUCUGAGUAACAACAAGAUUAAAUUCAUUUCCGACACCGCCUUCCAUCACAAUCUACGAGUCCUGAACGUAAGCCACAACCCUCUGACGUGUCUGAGCGAGAGAAUUCUUUCGGGGCCGUCACUCCAAACCUUCAGCGUAGGGGGAGAGCGUGUCAUUUCUUGGGAGCAAGAUGACAAAAUGAACUGGAGCCUCACCGUGGACAAAACUGAUUUUCCUCGGAAGAAACAGAGGGUUCGCUUCCGCAUCGAUAACCUGGGUUUUUGCCUCACAUACACGACAGCGACAAGAGACUUCCAACUCAGAUGGGCUCGUGUGGACGUUUUCUAUUUCGAAUUGUUUAAUGGAGAAGAACCCGAGUGUUCGACACAUGCAAUUGGCCCCAUAAACAUCCAACCACCGUUCGUUGUCGCAACUACUUUGAAGAAACCAAAAAGCGACCGGCAAUUACUACCUUCCAGUAACCUGUGUCCAGAAGCUUGGACUAGACAUGCCGGAAUGACUUUAGCCCUGAAAGGUGGGGUGGGGUUGCAGCUGGUCGGUAUCCACAAUACAGAAAAGUCAGUGACCAGGAGAAGCGACGGCAUUGCCUUGAUAUCUAGGUACAUGUACGAUAGAAGUCCAGGUUUUGUGACCAAAUCUGAGUCGAGUGUGACAAACGUAUCCUGCUUUGUAUUUUUCUACGGGGAGGUGGGCAGUCUGCCGCCGUCGCAUUUUCCAGGCACUGGGAGAGGGCCACACUCGGAAUGCCCCGAUUCAAAAUUUCCUCCAGACAAUCCAGAUAGGGAGAUUACCAGUACAGAGUCCAACAACCAAGCCACCGACUCUGCUACAGGAUACUUAGAGAAAAGGACCGAUGGCACAAGGUUGACCACCAUGAUAGUAAAUGUACUAGAUCCCUACAGAACGCUUAUUCCCACUGUCCAAUCCAGUGCCACAUCACCAACUGCGAAGGAAUCGGUCUCUCGAUACUUCAUAUCACUAAUCGCCGUGCCCGGACUUGUAAUUCUACUCAUAGUGAUGGUCUGCAAGUACAGACGUAGCAGGAAUGCCGCUCAAAAUGUACCGGUCCAGGUGGACCCCUGCCAUCAGGUUAUCGAUGUAACGCAGCUUAUUAGUAAUCCUAUGUAUAAAACAUCGAACCAAACUUUGGCUCAACCUUCGGGUGGUAAUGACCUGAUCGAAAAAAGCACUGACUGUGGUUCGUCUGUCCAUACAUACUGCGAAAUAAAGGACGAGGACGUUUAUCCGACUAGAACCCACAGAAACGCCACUCCAAAUGUGCCAGGUACUACUGCAAGGCCGCGUCUGGCCCAGUGUAGUUCCGUUGUGACUGACGAGGAAGAAAGGCGGACCCACCGUCGCUUUUCCACGGCUUCCACUCACAGCUACGAAGAGGUAAAAGACGAGGACGUUUAUGAUCCGUCUACAACGCACACUUACUCCGAGAUCAGGGACGAAGAGGUUCGUGGCACUUCUGUGAACGUUGUAAGAGUUCAGAACAGGAAAUUGAGCAACACUGUCCAAACAGGUGUACCAAAUGUCGCCAGGACACGCGGUAGCCGUCCGUCUAUUGACGUCACGGAUCUGAUCAGCAAUCCGAUGUACAAAACAUCCACGGUUCAACCUGACUGUAUUGAUCCAAAAGAACAAAGCACCUGUCGUCACUCUUCAGCACUUUCCACCCACAGCUACUGUGAACUAGAUGAUGACGAUGUCUAUGACCCGUCUUCGACCCACUUCUACUCCGAAAUCAAGGACGAAGAGGCCGCUGGUUCUCCUACUUUAGAUUUGAGAGCGGAAGAGAAACAAGAAGGUUUGAGGAGUCGAACGGAGAACAAAGAUGAAGAAAAUUCUCCGUCUCGUAGCGAUGUCGCACGAAAUGAGGAACAAGCAGGAAAUUAA